AUGAAAACUAUGAGUCUCCAACAAGAGAAGGAUGUGAUGACGAAACGAAUCACCACUUUGUACAAUGAAAUCGAGAGACAAGCCGAACACUUCAACAUUCAAAUUCAAGAUAUGCAACAAAUGUGUGAAGCACUUCAAGACGAACUCAGAGAAUACAAAGAGGACUAUCCGAAUAGACAUUCGGUGAAUCGAUAUGAGGAUAAACGGUCACUUGAUUCGAGAGAAGGAAUUCCGACGUCGUUGAGUCAUCAGAGUAUUCAAUUGGAUGGAUGGUUAUCCCUUAGGGAUAUGACCAAGAAAUCCAGAAAGCCAAAGUGGACAAGUUUCUUUGUGAUUCUCAACGAGUACGCCUUCACAAUUCACUACGAUGAGAAACACUCGAGUAGCAUCGUUUUGACUAUCGAAGCCGGUGCGAUGGCUCAUGUUCGACACGUCACUGCCGCCGAUUUGAGAAAUGUUGAUGAUAAUCAAUUGCCGAAGAUCUUCCAUAUAAUGUACGACGACACGUCAUCAAACUCAUCUCGUCACGCCUCCAACUCGGACUUAUCAAUGAUUGAAUCACAACGUGAAGAGUCAUGGAAACGACACGAUUUCCAGGAGCUCUCCUACCAUACGAGAACUCAUUGCGAUGAUUGUGGAAAGAAGUUGUCGGAUUUCAUUCGGCCGACGCCCGCUUUCGAAUGCAAGAAUUGCCAUUUUAAGACGCAUAAGGAACACGUCGCUCAGGGAACCAUUCCAAUGUGUAGAUUCACCGGUCUGUCCCGCGAGCUGGUUCUAAUGGCUCCACAAGUUGACGUCUGUGUCAAAUGGGUCUCCCAAUUGCGUCGCUUCAUCGAUGCCUCCCGUCAACCGGCUGUCUCAGUCUCACGUGUCUCUUCACGUCGUCACGCCGGUGGUCCCGGUUCGUCGACGUCUUCUUCCAUUCAUCAGUGA